GAUGAUCAUAGAAAUGUAUGUCUUGGUUUAUAAAUAUUAUAUUGUAGUGCAUCAGAAACUGCACUUUUGCACAGAACAAGUACAUAGUAGAGAACAUUCAUGAAAUCUAGAAGAUUAUGUUGAAUUUGACAGCAUAAUGAUAAAUGUGUAAAAAAAAUUAUAAUUGAUGGACGAUUGUAAUUAUCCAAGCAAAAUGGAGUUUUUCGUAAUUUUAACCUUACCACCUAAGAGACGAUGGUAAUUUUACCCUAAUAUAAAAUACAAAAUAUAGUACUCCCUCUGUUCCACAAUAACUUUCUUUUUUUAAAAUUAUUUUUGUUCCAUAUUAUCUGUCACUUUACAUUUCCAAUACUGCAUUAAUUGUAUAAUUAUCAAUUUUACCCUUAUUAAUUAUCUACAACACUCUCUCACAUUAAUUAUUGGCAAGGUCAAUUUAAUAUAAGAACAUAUAUUAUUCUAAAAUUAGAAAACAUUUAUUGAGAUCUUUAAUUCUUGUGCACAAGCUAAAAACAAUAAUUAUAAAGGAACGGAUGGAGUAAUACAUAAGAAGUGUUGUAUUAAAAUAGUAAUACUAAAUUGUAAAUAUGGAAACGUGCAGUAUUAUAGGUGUUGGAGUCCGACCGUGUCACAACAAUUAUUAGUCCAGCCCAUUAAGUAGCGUAUUAACCCGGGUUUCUUUUGGGAUUCUAUAAAACAAAGAAACUACUACUACUAGCACUUAGGUUUUUUAUUACGAUUUCUAGAGAGAGAGAGAGAGAGAGAGAGAGAGAGAGAGAGAGAGAGAGAGAGAGAGAGAGAUGGCUUUGAGAUUGACGGAUAAAUUAAACGAUGACGAACCAGACUGCGACGAUAAUGAUUUUUAUUGUGGUCACAAGCUGAUGUACGAUCGAGAUACUCCAGGCUAUUUCCCCCCUAACCUUGAAGCUUGCAUACCUUUGGUCGACCUGGCUAUUGAUUCCUAUAACCAGCAACACUCCAAAGAUUACCGUGUGGUGGAGAUUGUGAGAAUAAUUGCAGCUGUUUGUUCCGGUAUUGAUCUCUAUAUGAAAUUUACGGCCGCCGCAUCCAAGGAGGAUGGUGGCAGUGACGCCGCCGUAACUUUCGGAGCAGAGGUUCACAAAGGAAUUACGGAAACAACCGUAGAAUAUGUUUACGUUGUUGCUGAAGGUGCAACUUUACCUGUUGAUGUCUUACCUGCCUGCUAUAAUCCCUGUGGUUGAAGGUAAUUUCCAAGUUAAGAGAAGCUAUGUGCUUAUGCAGUUUGAUUGAAGAUGUGUUGUUUCUGAAUUUUUAAUUUAUUAUAUAAUAGUGCGCACAUCGUAUCCCUUUUUAUCAUGUGUGUAAAACUCGACUAAACACCUUGUUUCAGUAAUAAUGAAACUUAAUUAUUAUAAAUUUUGCUUGAUAUUC